CGUUGCCACUGGAUGUGGCGGAACGGCGAAGACCCAACGGCACUCCUGGGCCACACUGUUCUCGCAUGGACCCAGCAUUUUUGCUAUUCGUGAAGCAAGUCAGCGUUCACCAGAUCCUGCCAAAGCAACGUCAAGACGCAGAGUCGGUGGGCCUACCACAAGUCAACAGAACAAGAGGGAAUCGACGAAGCGCAAGAGACUUGUUUGGUUCCACAGGACUUUGAAGGACUUUUUGGCAGAUUCUUCCACCCUUCAUUUAGUUUUAGUUCUUAGUCUUGUACGGCAGUGGACAUGCAAUGAUGCCUCCUCACGACAAGUCUUCCAGCGAUGAUGUGUCCGGCAGCGGAAUUGAAGCUCAGCCAACAACGGCUCUGACAAACAGCGCCGAUUCGCCCUCGGCUAAUAGUAAUGCCACCAAACAGAAGAAAAUGAAUCCACCUCCUCUUCCGCCCUUUCUAAUGGGGCCGGCCACAACGGGUUCCUCCGCCGCCACCACUUCCGCCGCCUAUCAUCCCGAUUUUAUGUUUUGUGGUUCUUGUACCACGUGUCAGCCAGCAUCGGGCAGCGAAGAAGCAACGAGCGACAAUUUGGACGACUACUUGACGCAGCCACAAGCUGUGAAAGAUGACGAUGGCAGUGACGAAGGCGAUGUCGAUUCUUCGGCAACACAUCAAACCAGACUACAAAUUACGGGCUUUCCAGCCAACUCGUCGGCGUCGCUACAUGCCCAUUUCUUGUUGAUUCAAUCCUUGCUGCAGCCGUUGGCUGGAGUGGAAUCUGUUGCCAUUCACGACGCGAACAACAACAACAACAACAACAAUUCGACUUUCAAGCAGAAUCAAGUAGUCAUUUCGCAUACCCUCCAGACCUCCCAAUCUCAAUUAGUGGCUGCCUUGAAGCGAGUUGGAUACAGUAGUGAUGUCGUAGAACAAGACAGUGACUACCAAGCCCAGCUAGACGUCGAAGGAAGAAUGGAUCAAUCCGAUCACAGUCAACAACAAGUCGUCCGAUCGCAAUUCCUCGUGGGUGGAAUCUGUUGUGCUAUGGAGAUACCCGUUAUCAGAAAAAUCGUCAAACCACUUGUUGGUGUGGAAACUUUGCAAAUCAACAUUACCACCAAAAUGGUGUAUGUCCAACAUGACGCCCUUGUCAUUGAAGCACAGGACAUUGCUGAUCGGUUGACCAAAGAAGGAUUUCCUUCCAAUAUUGUCAAGGAUGGUGGAGCUCAUGUCAAAACUACCGUCAAUCCUGCAUUUACCGAUGCUGCCAAUGAAUCACGUUCCGUUACCACUUUACAGAUUCAAGGACAGAUUCUCGAGGAGAGUGAUGUUCAUUCGAUACGACAACAACUCGACAAUGCUUCUGGGAUUCACGCUAUUGAUAUUGACGCAAUUGAUGGACUAGUAGUGGUGGAACAUGACUCCAAUCAACUCAAGGCCAUCUCUAUUCCUACACUUGUACAUGGAUAUACGCUGCAAAUUUUGCGGACAGAGCAACAGAGCACCACCAGUAACGGUGCAACCAACAACAACAACAAUAGAUCUGAAUAUGUCGAAUCCACUCUCAUGGUGUCACAUUUGCAGCACGACAAUAUUCCCACUCUUCAAACCAUUUUUCGACAAAAUUACAUUCGAGCUCAAGUGAGAGCAUUCUUUGCACAUGUCCCAUCUCACACCAUCAAAGUCGAACACAAUCCAAAUCUACUCCCCAUUCACGAAAUCCCCAAAUUACUGGAGCAUCACGGAUUAAUGGCAACAGUAGCGGUCGAUGGAAUGGAAGCGGGGUUAAUUUUGCCAGUAACUGGCGAUGAUCUCUACCAUGGCGGGAACGAUGGGGGGAUGAUGGAAGACGACCUGGACACAACCUCCACACUGAAAUCCCAUGUCAUUCUCAGUGGUCUCUUUUGGGUCCUCAGCAUGCUCAGUGUAGCAGGAGGAAUUUUCGUAUACUUUGAAUACUUUGGAUUACUCAGCGUGUUCUUUGGAUUGCCGCCAGUGGCAAGGAAAGCAUGGAGAACAAUUCGCAGACGGCAGUUCGAUUCCAAUUGCAUGAUGGUCACAGCGGCUCUGGGGGCCCUGGCCUUGCAAGAGUUUGACGAAGCCGCAUCCGUUGCGUUCUUGUUCUCGGUGUCAGAGUUUCUGGAAGCCAGGUCGACAUCCAAAGCGCGCAAGGCUUUGAAAAACAUUGUACAGUUGCGCCCGGACCAUGCUUCCGUCAUUCACCCGACAACCAAAGAAAUUUCCAUCAUGCCGGCGUCUCAAGUGCCAGUAGGUAGCAUAUUGUCCGUCAGAACUGGUGACAAAAUUGCCGCCGACGGAGUAGUAGUCGAGGGAAGAUCCACUGUCGACGAAUCCAGUUUGACGGGAGAAUCCAAACCCAUACUGAAACGGGUGGAUGACCCUGUCUCUGGUGGAACUAUCAACGUCGGAAACACUCAGCUGGUAGUCAAAACAACAUCCAGUGUGGAAGACAGCGUAGUCUCACGAUUGAUCAAAGUGGUCGAGGAUGCACAAAGCUGCAGGAGCAUGACAGAAAAGAUGAUUGACAAAUUUGCAAAGUCUUACACGCCACUGGUCGUGUUAAUGGCAGGCGUCAUGUGCACCGUCCCAUGGAUUUUUGGACCUGAAACUGGACGUUAUUGGACUCUGAAUGGACUCAUUAUCAUUGUGAUUGCCUGUCCUUGUUCCCUGACAAUCAGCACCCCCGUCACAUAUGCUGCCGGAUUGGCAAACACUGCACAACGAGGAAUCAUUGUCAAGGGCGGGGCUCAUUUGGAAGCCCUCGGAGGAGUCGAAGUAGUUUGUUUUGAUAAGACAGGUACCCUCACCCACGGUCAGUUCCAUGUCGACAAUCUGACAGAUAUUGGGACUGCACGCUCUCGCAGAGAAAUGCUGGAACUGUUAGCUAUCAUGGAGGCACCUUCCAGUCAUCCAUUGUCGGCAACCUUGGUGAGGGCAGCUCGAAAGGAGGGAGUGUCAAUUCCCAGGCAUGCGGAUGUUUCCUUGCACACAGUUUUGAAAGGCGAAGGGGUAACAGCACAUGUCAACGGGAAACAGGUGUAUGUUGGAAACAGACGACUGUUUGAACGCAUCAACAUGUACGGCAACUUGCCUUUGGAGAACCAAAACGCUGCAACCGAAUGGUCCAACAAUGGCGCCACUGUCGGUUUCAUUGGAAUUGAAGGCGAAGGGAUCAUUGGGGCAUUUUCAAUGGUAGAUACGAUUCGGGAAGACGCAUACGACACUGUCCAGUCACUGCUCGCAAACAACAUCGAUGUCGUCAUGCUGACUGGUGACGGCGAAGGAGCAGCAAAUGCGGUGGCUAGGCAGUUGGGGCUCCCUACCGCUUCCGUUCACAGUCAGUUGCUUCCAGAAGACAAGCUGCACUACGUGGGAAGUAUGAUACGGCCUGAACCGUCCCGCUGUGGCCCGUUCAAAGCGAAAUCGAAAGUACUAUUCAUUGGCGACGGCAUCAAUGACGCUCCAGCGCUGGCAGUGGCUGAUGUUGGUGUCUCCAUGGGAGAUGGAGCUGCUGCCUUGGCCAUGGAGAUUAGUGAUGUCACACUGAUGGACUCCAGCCUUUCGAAGCUGUUGUACGUCAUCAACAUGGGCGACCGUGUUGUCAGCACUAUCCAAGAGAACAUUGCGUUUAGUCUUUUGUCGAAGCUCCUGGUGGUGGCUUUAACGUUCGCUGGCAAAAUGACGCUUUUCGGAGCAAUUGCAUCAGAUGUUGGCGUCAUGCUAAUGGUGACCCUUAACGGCAUGAAGUUGCUCCCAGCGAGCUCCGAUGUGGAAUUGACAAAACCAAGAAGAAGAAUACUCAGUCCCAAGUUCGGGGGCAAGUCCGACUAUGAUGUGGUUAAAACAGAUACCGACGUCUACGGGGAGAGUGUGGAGUUGAGUGAUGUUCGUGGUCGUGAAAAGACGAAUGGCUCGAGCGAUGAGCGGCCCGAGCUUGUUCCUGAGAUUGUCUAGCUCGCUAGCACUAUUCAGUAAAAGCGGACAUAAACCCUCAUGUAGUGUACUGAACUGACCUUAGCGAUAGCGACUUCAAGGGCGAAAGCGCACAACCAGUCGCAGGCCCAUGCCCCUCGAAGGCGCAGGGGUGGAGUUUCCAGUCGGCAGAGGGAAUGCCAAGCAAAGCGCUUCUUCUCUCGAGCCCCCUUUCCUCUUCCUCAAGAACUCGUCAAGGGUUCGCACGCCGACUUCUUCAAUCGUUGCACCUUUGAGUUUGAUGCCCCUCCACCAUGGCUGCUGGCUUUGUUACUUUUCUUCUAGCUAAUGUGUUACUAGUAUUGAUUGUUCAUGUAAGAGUUUGAAUGCAACCUCAACUACAAGGAUUACGG